AUGGCUGCUCUUCGACCCACUGCAAUUCGUGCUCUUCAAGCACAAAGAGGUGCUUUCCGUGCUUCAGCUCCCGUCAAAGCUGUUAAGCCAACAUUCCAACCUCACUUUUACAGAAUUACACCCGAAAACGUCACAAAAUGGGUACCUAGUCUUGCACUUUGGGGCGGAGCUGCAGCUGGUGCAGUGACACUCUUUUUCAGCGCUGUUCCUAUCUUCCAAACCGAUGUUUUGAAACACAUCCCAAUCGUUGCCUCAUACUUUGAAGACAAAACCCCCGAUUCCGACAAACCCUUCUAA